AGUCUACCAACCACUUUACCCGUCACAUUAGACUUCUCUCCCUCGCUGUCCGCAAAAGCUACGACUGCACCCAAAGAUGGCUCAAACUACUCCAUCCUCUCAAAAGAAUAUCAUCAUCCUCGGUGGUUCAUACGGCGGUAUAUCUUCUGCUCACUACAUCCUCAAACAUGUCAUUCCUGCCCUGCCCUCGAGUUCUUCCUACCAAGUCAUCCUCGUCAGCACCUCCACGCAAGCAAUGUGCCGCCCUGCCUGCCCACGCGCCCUAAUCUCAGACGAUUUCUUCGACCAGCAGAAACUCUUCGUCGGCAUCACAAAAGGCUUUGAGCAGUAUCCAACCGACACUUUCCGCUUCGUCCACGGCACCGCCACAUCCCUCGACCACACAUCCCGCACCGUUUCCGUCCGCGUAGCAGCAGACAACUCAUCUGAGUCCUUCGCCUAUCACGCUCUCGUCAUCGCCACUGGUGCAUCGACUCCAUCGCCUCUUUUUGGGCUGAACCAUGGCGAAUCAUUCCUGCGGGAAAGCUGGGCCGCAUUCCGCAAAGCCCUUCCCACCGCCAAGACCAUCAUCAUCGCUGGUGGCGGUCCCGCCGGCGUCGAGACCGCUGGCGAACUGGGCGAGUAUCUCAAUGGUCGUGCGAGGUGGUUCAGCUCCAAGCUUGCAAAUCCAAAAGUUGCCAUCACAGUCGUAACAGCCGACUCGAAGAUCCUGCCUGCACUUCGGGCUAGCAUCGCAGCGAAAGCGGAAGCGCAGCUCGCGAAAGUGGGCGUGACUGUGAUUAAGAACGCGCGUGUCACGAACGCGGUCCCAAUUGGCGCGGCGGCAGGCGCAGACAGCGUGAGCAAGACAACGGUCACGCUCUCAGAUGGGAAGACGAUGGAGGCGGAUCUUUACAUCCCUGCGACAGGGUUGAUCCCGAACACUACUUUCGUCCCCAAGGAGCUUCUCACGUCCAACGAGCGCGUGGAGACGAGUUCAUCUACGCUGCGCGUCGAGAAAGCUGGCUCACGCGUCUAUGCCGUUGGUGAUGUUUCAUCCGCCGCGCGCCCAGCUAUCCACAUCCUGAUGGAAGCCAUUCCGGUCCUCUGCGCGAAUUUGAAGCGUGAUUUACUCCUGGAUACUGGGAAGGCGGAGAGCGAAGUUGGUGCGGAGAGAACUUUCAAGGAAGACACGAGCGAAACGCAGAUGGUGGCUAUUGGGACGAAAAAGGGUGUUGGGGCUGCCAUGGGGUGGCAACUACCGAGUUUCAUGGUGUGGUUGAUCAAAGGGAGAGAUUACUGGUUAUGGACGACUGGGAAUCUGUGGAGUGGAAAGCAAUGGGCUAAGGAAACUUGAUGGACCGAAAUUUGGAAGUCCUUGAACACUAUCAUAGCCGCACCGAGUCUUUGAUGGUGGAUAAAAUCACUCGAUCUGGGCUCGGGACUUGAGAGGAAAGUGAUACUGUGUCGUGUACGGCUGUGGUAAUAAGAGUACGUACGAGGAGACGAGAGAGGGCGAGAGCUCACGGGUUCUUUUCAAAAUUUCACGCGUUUUCGUCUUUCUGUUGGUCUCUUCAUUUCUAUUCAUCUUAUCACUUAAAGUGAUCGGUCCAGGGCUACUACUCUUCGAUUUCCACGACGGGCCCUCGCCAGUAAGACCUGAGACAUAUAAUAUUGUUCUACGGCAGAUGCGUAGUAUUGAACAACCUAUUCCCAGUAUCGGUAACCCCGCUACCUGUAUACUUGUUCUGCGAAACUCGUAGCGCCACCAAGCUGAUUCUGCC